AUGUUAUCGAUACGAACAGCUGCUGCUCGACAGUCAGUGUCGCAAUUAGGGCGAACAACAUCGCUCCUACCUAUCGAUAUCCCUUUCCCGCAUGCUGAAUGUAGCUCAGCUCCCUCUCGCCGAUCAUAUGCUUCGUCAUCAGCUGCUACAGCACUAGCACCAAAUGAAGACGUCGAGCGUCCUUCUACCCUACCAGUAGCGGACAGUCAUCAUGAUCGAGUAUCAUCAGUGAAAAAGGAGAAAAGACAGUUCAGAGGUAAUCCAAGACUUAGGAAACAGGCUUUGGCAAAUGCACGUAAACUCAAUGAAGCUAUCCAAUCGGAAAAGAUAAACACGUCCACCAUUACACCUCCAACAUCGCCUUCUACGAGUGCUAUGCCUGAUCAUCCCAGUGAAAAGGAGGAUUCAUCCUUUUGGUCGGAUUUGCUCACUCGACCAUCGGCCAGUUCGAAAGAGGCGGAUUCGCCUGGUGGAAGUGCGCCUACUCUCGAAGAUCUCCUCGCCAAGAAACCAGCUAGACCACCACCCGAUCCAUAUCAUCCUAAAUAUCCUAAAUUGUAUCAGAAAUUAAUCGAUGAUUUGGAUAAUGCCUUCGUACAACGUCAAUUGAAAUUCUUCUGUCGACAAUUAAAUUUAUAUACGAAUAGUAAGACAAGUAAAAUAGGGUUCAUAAAGAAGAUUCUGAAAACUUGGGGAUGGGUUGAACCGAAAGAUGAAAGAACGGAUAUGAAGAAACCACACGUAUACGACCUUCCACCUGCCGAGCUAUUCUUGUUCUUACGUGAGAACGACCUAAUACAUGAGAUGACCAAAGGAUACGAGAGGAUGGAAUUAGCUGUGGUACCAUUGUCGGAAGCUCCUCAAACUCCCUUUAGUCCGACAACCGCAGGAGAUCCAAAUAGGAUGGUACUAGUUGCGGUAGGAAGAGUAGGACCGCUAGUGAAGCUGACUAAUCUCAUACAAGAGAGAAAGAAGGCUAUACAAACGAUAGAAAUCUCCGCACAAGAAUUAGACGGAUUCAAGGCUCCUGUCGGAUUGUUGCAGACUGUUUCGAAUGCCACUGGAGCGUAUGUCGAACCGUUAUCGGAUGACAAAUAUCGUAUAACAGCCAUGUCUGUUGAAGAUGCAGAAAAUGCAAAAAGGUUAUUGACUAUGGCCUCUUUAAGGAUCAACUCGCUUCCUUCUCAUCGAUCACUCGACGUGCUAUUACCUACUCCUCGACAUUUCCAAACCCAACCAUUACGAUUAUCCCUAUAUCCUUUUAUACCCUCCAUAUCCGAAUCUUUACCUUGGUCAAUCGCAUCCAACUCAAACUCCCAAGCUUUGUUCAGGUUGAAGAAGGUGACUGAAUGGAACUCGAAACCAGCUAUAAGGGAGAUUGACCACAAGAAUGAGAAAUUACAUUUGGCCAAUUACAUGAACCUUUCUACUCCCAUAUCCACCUCGAAAUCGGAAGGGAAUGUAGAAAAAGCAGAGAUCGGUGAAAACGAAAGUGUCAUAGAUAAGGAAGGAGAGAACCACUUCCAAAAUUUAAUUUCUAGUUUAGGUGCUAAGAAAGGUAAAAAAAGAUUGAAGGUGAUCUUUGGUAAUUUGUUAUUUACCAGACAAGGUAAAUUGGCUAUCUUCGAUAAUCCAUUACCUGGACAAUGGCCUAUCGAAACUUUGAAGAAUUGGUUAUCGAGGUCUUCUAAGGAUGUCGGCGGCGAAAGUAAGAAACCGUUAUUUACACCAAGCUUGACACCUUCAAUGAUCCAAUUCCCAUUUCUCACCGACCAAACAAGUGAGAUCCGACGUAUCCGAUAUAGAUCACUACCUACUUCUUCACCUGCCGGAGAAUCGAGGUUUGUCGAAUUCACUUACGCCAAACCCAAUGCGACUACGGAGCAGAACAACUGGCAAGAUCGUUUGGGGGCGAUGUUGGAUGAUCUGGAGAAACAGAUCGAACAGGAGGAUGGGGCGGCUCCUUCACAAUCACUCGAGGCAUCAGAGCAAGAUGAACGAACACGAGAUAACUCCAUCACUUCUUCCGGAGAACUGAGAGAGGGAGCUCUCGCGGAUGUUUCUGAAGAAAAUGCAGUCAAAGAGGAAGAUAGUGAAAGACCUUUUGAUGCUGUAUUUGGAGUGAUAAGAGAAUCAGAUCUGUUCAUACCUGAUCGACCAAAUGACGCAAGAAUAGUAUCAACCUCAACAGUGUCAUUACCCACUUCCAAGAUCCCCGAAUCAAUCGUCAACUUAUUUGACCAACAACCAUAUCAAGAUAAGAUGUCACUCAAACUUACUUCACCUCCAUCUAAAGUGAUGAUCAAAGAUGAAGAGUACUUGUUGGAGUAUGAUGAGAAAGUCGAAUUGACAGAGGAGAUCCAGGAAAUCCCCAUUGGUGGGAACGUAUUGAUAUUGGUAAAGAGGAGUUGCAAAGUUGUGGAAAAUGGUUUGGAAGAUUUGAAUCCUCUCACUUAUUCCGAGCUCGAAUGCGGCUCCAAUUCGGAUGGAACCCUCCCAAUUGAAUUUUAUAGGGAAUUCGCCCAUAUGACGAGAGAUGUCGGACCGGAUGCUGGGGCUUUGAAGAGAGGUAAUAUAUUGAGUGGAUUAGGUGCUGGUUUAGGUGGUUGGCAUGGGAUGGUUCAUCAGUAA